AUGUUGACUGUCCAUAAAAUGCAGUUUAGCGUCUUCUUGCUGUUGUGGGGAUGGGUUUUGUCUCCUGAAUGCAGAGCUCACCGGCAAGGAAAGGAAAUUCAUGAGGUAUAUAAGAAGGGCAGUCAACCGCAAAGACAGAGACGGGAAACACAUGGAGAAACACACAAGCAAGGCAGCCCAAUACUAAAACGAAGCCCUGACAUCACCAAAUCACCGCUAACCAAGUCAGAACAACUCCUGAGAAUAGAUGACCAUGAUUUCAGCAUGAGACCAGGUUUUGGAGGCCCUGCAAUUCCGGUGGGAGUAGAUGUACAAGUUGAGAGUCUGGAUAGUAUUUCAGAGGUAGAUAUGGACUUCACCAUGACCCUUUAUCUGAGACACUACUGGAAAGAUGAAAGACUGUCCUUCCCAAGCACCAACAACCAAAGCAUGACAUUUGAUGGCAGGCUAGUGAAAAAAAUAUGGGUUCCUGACAUGUUUUUUGUACAUUCCAAGCGCUCCUUUAUCCAUGACACCACCACUGACAACGUCAUGCUACGGGUCCAGCCAGAUGGGAAGGUACUUUAUAGCCUCAGGGUCACAGUAACUGCAAUGUGCAACAUGGAUUUCAGUCGCUUCCCCCUGGACACACAGACGUGUUCACUGGAAAUUGAAAGUUAUGCCUACACUGAAGAUGAUCUAAUGCUGUACUGGAAGAAUGGGAAUGAUUCCCUAAAAACAGAUGAGAGGAUAUCGCUAUCCCAGUUCCUUAUACAGGAGUUUCACACCACCACAAAGCUUGCCUUUUACAGCAGUACAGGGUGGUACAAUCGCCUGUACAUUAACUUCACUUUACGCCGCCACAUCUUCUUCUUCUUGCUGCAAACCUAUUUCCCUGCCACUUUGAUGGUCAUGCUGUCCUGGGUGUCUUUCUGGAUUGAUCGCAGAGCUGUACCUGCCAGGGUCCCUUUAGGGAUAACUACGGUACUGACCAUGUCUACAAUCAUUACUGGUGUAAAUGCCUCCAUGCCUCGCGUUUCCUACAUCAAAGCUGUGGACAUUUACCUCUGGGUCAGUUUUGUGUUCGUCUUUCUCUCAGUGUUGGAAUAUGCGGCAGUGAACUACCUGACAACAGUGCAAGAGCGGAAGGAGAGGAAACUGCGAGACAAACUUCCUUGUACUUGCGGACUACCUCAGCCCCGGCCCAUGAUGAUGGACGGCAGCUACAGCGAUGGAGAUGUGAAUGAACUGGGACACUAUGUGUCUGAGAAUGGAGAUAAACCAGACAGAAUGAUGAUGCAGCUGACACUUGGUUCUGAAAGGAGUUCAAGCAGGAGGAAAAGCCAGAGAUACGUCAGCAUGCGCAUCGACACCCAUGCCAUUGACAAGUAUUCCAGAAUAAUAUUCCCAGGCUCAUAUAUUUUAUUUAAUUUGAUAUACUGGUCCAUUUUUUCAUAA